AUGAUGCUGGCCCGACUGCAGCAGCUCUAUGCUACUGCCCUGACUGCAUGCAUGCACGUUUCCAACCUGGACCAGCCGGGUGAUUUCCCGCAGUCCCGGAACUUGACGACGCGUGCAAUUCUGAAAUACGACUACGACUACGACUACGACUACGACUACGACCGUUACGACUACGACUACGACUACGACUACGACUACGACUACGACUACGACUACGACUACGACUACGACUACGACGACGACUACGACGACUACUACUUCUACUUCUACUUCUACUUCUACUUCUACUUCUACUUCUACUUCUACUUCUACUUCUACUUCUACUUCUACUUCUACUUCUACUUCUACUACACGGAGGCGAAGGAGGAUGCGAUGGACUCGGACCAGGGCUCGAAGAGCAUAGACAGCUUUGACAGCUCGGACCAGGCCAGUCCGCAUCAGGAGUUCACCGAGACCGUGGCAGACGCUUCGGCGUCGUCGUACGGGCGAGCCGGAAAGCCUGACAGGCCAACGACCCUACUCAGCUCUACCUACAGAGCCAAAGGACGUGGGUUGCGAUGGACUGCCAAGGUGACUGACGCGUCUGCAGGAACUUUCAGCGAAGCACGUUCCCAGCCUGUCAAGAGCCAGCACGUUGCCCAGAACUACGAUCGCUACUACGACCACAACCUAGGUUACAACAGCGAUACGUACUGUUAUGGCAAGGGCGGCCGCCAGAAGAGCUGGAAGGAUUAUGAGCCCGCGCACUCCUACGCGGGCGCUUAUGCAGAUGCCGUGUCCGGAAGCUACGCCAUCAAGGGGAAGGGCGCGCGCCAGCCACAACAAGAUCGGACAGACCGAAGCCUGUGCAAGAAGCAGUGCCAGUUCAUCAUUGGCAUCGAGGAGGAUCCCAUCUUCCGGGUCGGGCGGCGCUUGUUGGGUCCCAGCGGGUCUCACAUGAAGGCGAUCGCGGCCAAGACAGGCUGUCGCCUGCGACUCCGCGGCAAGGGCUCAUGGUUCCUGGAGGGACCGAACCAAGAGGAGUCUUCUGACCCCCUCAUGCUCUGCGUCAGCUCACCCACCGAGCACGACCAUGCGAAUGCUGUCCAGCUCAUUGAGGAGUUGCCGAAGCGCUUCCGUCAGCGUGCCUAUGCUGUGAUCGAUGCACAGCCCUGGGGCGAUUCAUGGCACGAUGCAAACCUCACAGAGGCCUUUUGCCUAUCCUAUCUUCGAAACAGCAGGCGCUGA